UGGCAACGUUUCAAGGCAGGCGCGAGACAAAGGGGCGAAGGCGACGACGUGCCUUCGAGUUAAAAACAUUGAAAAUGUUGAAAGAGUUGGUGAAGGAGCGACUCAUGGCGGCGGCUGAUGAAAUAUUGGCGCUGUUUGAAAGCACGAUAGCGUCUUACGAGGAGGAACUUUCUCGAACGAGAGAGGAGAACGAGCGCCAUCGACAACAACUGGAAGCUGUGAGCAAGACUCAAACUGUGCUCCACAUUGAAGACGUACAGCAGCUGAUUGGUCUUCAAAAAGAACGUGCCCCUCAGCUGCAGGGGUGCAUCUCCGCUUUGAAGCAGGAGGACCCCCAGCGCCCCCACGUUAAAAAGGAAGAGGAGGAACUCUGGACCACUCAGGGGGGAAAUUGGCUUCUAAGGCCGGACGAGGUUGGUCUCACUAUGUUGCCACUGACUGGUGUCUCUGUGAAGACUGAAGACCAUGAAGAAAAACCACCUGAGUCCUCACAGCUUCAUCACAGUCCAGAUGAGGAGAACAAACGGGCGGAGCCUCCAAGCAGCAGCAGCUCACGACAUCACUUGACAACAGAAGCUGAUGGAGACCACUGUGGUGGAUCACAAGCAGACAGCCUCUUAGCUCCGCUAUCAGACAGUGAUGACGUAAUGUCACACUGUCAUGAGGAUAAAGACAGGGGCCACACCCAAGACGCUUUGAGCAGCGAUACAGACUGUGAAGGUGAUAUGAGGACUCCCACCGACAGCAAACGCUCUGAAUGCUCUAAGAAGAAGACUGGUAAAAAACAUUUCACCUGCUCGACUUGUGCUAAAUCCUUUUCUAGUAAGAGCCUUUUGACUCGACACAUGAGAACACACACUGGAGAAAAACCUUUUAGUUGCUCAGUGUGUCGUCAAGGAUUUUCCCAGAAGUCACAUAUGGCAGUACACAUGAGAACACACACUGGAAAAAAGCCUUUUAAUUGUUCGGUUUGUGAGAGUAAAUUUGCACAAAAGUCCACUUUAAUGCAACACAUGAGAACCCACACUGGAGAAAAACCGUUUAAUUGUUCAUUUUGUGAGAGUAAAUUUGCUCAAAAGUCUACUUUAAUGCAACACAUGAGAACACACACUGGAGAAAAACCUUUUAGAUGCUCAGUUUGCAGUCAAGUGUUCUCCGAUAAGUCAAAUAUGGCAGACCACAUGAGAAAACACACUGGAGAGUUGUGGUAAAAGAUUUAGUAGAAAGUCAGACGUGGUGAAUCACAUGAGAAUGCACAGAGGAGACACGGCAUGUCAAGAAGGGUUGGAGUCAACCUCAGAUACGAAUAAUAUGGAUGACUUCUCAUUAUAUUAUUAUGAUUAUAAUAAACGCUGACAAUUCCUUUGCUUUUAUAUAUCAAGAGACUUUAUGGACACACUACUUUAAAAACUAAACGGUAUAAGAAGUGACACCAGGACACCCGAGGCUGCAGGUCGAUGGUCGACUUUGUAGUUGUAUCAUCAGACCUGCGUCCGUAUGUUCUGGACAAGCAGGUGAAGAGAGGGGCUGGGCUGACAACUGAUCACCGCCUAGUGAUGAGUUGGAUUAGAUGGUGGGGGAGGAUGCCAGACAGAGCUGUAGUGAGGGUGUGCUGGGAACGUCUUGCAGAGUCUCUUGUUUGUUGAGUCUUCAACUCUCACCUCUGGCAGAGCUACGCCUGCAUUCCCUGGAGAGGACAAGGAUAUCGAGUCCAAGUGGGCUGUAUUCCGCGCCUCCAUUGCUGAGGCAACCGAGCCCAGCUGAGGCCGUAAAGUAGUCCGUGCCAAUCGUGGCAGCAAGCCCCGAACCCGAUGGUGGACACCAGAGGUCAGGGCUGCCAUCAAGCUGAAGAAGGAGUCCUAUCGAGCAUGGAUGGCUUGUGGGGCUCCUGAAGCAGCUGAUAGGUACUGGCAGGCUAAGCGGCAUGCGGCUUCGUCUGUAGUCGAGGUAAAAACUUGGGUGUGAGAGAAGUUUGGUGAGACCAUGGAGCAUGUCUUUCGGUCGGCCUCAAAGAGUUUCUUGCACACUGUCCAACGCCUCAGAAAGGAGAAGCGGUGCCCGGUACACACUGUUUACAGUGGCGACGGAAGCUUGCUAACCUCAACUGAGGAUAUAGUCAGAUGUUGGAAGGAAUAGUUUGAGGCCCUUCUCAGUCCCACUGGCAUACUUUCCAGUGAGGAAGCAGAGUCUGAGGACAUGAACUCAAGAGUUCCACCACCGUGGCUGAGGUAUCUCGGGUUAGUCAAAACACUCCCCAGUCGCAAAGCUCCGGUGGUGGAACACUGGACCAGCUCUACAUGUGCUUUGGAAAGGCAUUUGACCGUGUACAACUGGAGCAGGAGUCUGGUUCGCAUCGCCAGCAGUAAGUCCAGCCUGUUCCUGGUGAACGUUGGGCUCCACCAAGGCUGCCCUUUGUCACCGAUUUUGUUUAUAAUUUUUAAAGACCGAAUUUCUAGGCACAACCAAGUCGUCGAGGGAGUCCAGUUUGGCGGCCUCAGGAGCUGGUUGAUAUGAAAAGAUGCCCUGCACGCAAGAGAAAGUGUAACAAAUGUCAAAAAACAGGACACUGGGAGUGAGUCUGUCACUCAAAACAAGUGAGAGAGAUCACAGAGGUGAAGCAGCCAUACUUCCAAUGGCGAACUGGCAGGAAGACCAGCUGUCAGGAUGACUGGACAGUUAACCUGGAGGUGAGAAACGUCCCAAUAAGUUUUAAAAUUGAUACAGGUGCGGACGCCACAGUCUUCAACUUCAAUACAUUUCAAAGAAUGGAGCCCACAAUUAAACUGGAUCCGCCUGACACCAGCUUUGUUAGCCCAGGGGGGCACUUCAGCUGCAUGGGGCUGUUUCAGGCUACAGCACAGUUAAAGGAGAAGCAGUAUUCAUUUGAAGUUUACGCCAUGAGAGGAAGAAUCAGCUGUCUUUUAGGACUUCAUAAAGCUGUGAAUAUGGGCCUUAUGAAACGGAUAAACAAGGUCAGUGGCAUUUUCAGAUUAUUCAUGGAGAAAAUGAGGAAAUCUAUGACCAUUGCUUAGCAAAGGCACUGAAGGUCACUGAGGCAGCAGGUGUCAAGCUGAAUGAACGCGAGUGCAGAUUUCUACAGGACCAGAUUCCUUUCCUGGGACAUGGCAGGUGUCUGAUCUGACCCGGACAAGGUCACGGGGAUCAUUGGCUCUGGCCACCAGCAUUGCAAUAGAAAAUGGAUGGAUGGAUUAAAACUGUGAUUUCGGUCAAGUUUUAUUUUAAAAUGUCUGAAAAAAAUGCUGUUUUAUUUUGUAUUGACUUUAUUCCCACAAUAUUUUCACUUUAUUCUCAUGAUAUUAUAACUUUUUCCCUAAUGUUCCGAAAAUUACAACUUUGUUUUGUUUGUAUUGUACUUUAUUUAUCUCACAGCAGUUUCUCAUAUUAAAACUUUUUCUUUUUAUAAAAAAGUCAACUCUGUACUACAAAAAUGACAUUAUUUUACAAAUACCAGUUUAUUCUCUGGAUAUUUUGACUUUCUACUCGUAAAAUUACAGCAUUUUUUCCAUUUCUGCUGUUGUUUUUUUUGUCCUCCAAAUAUUUCACCUCUCUUGUAAUUUUUUUUCUUGUAAUUAUGACGUUAUUCCUGUAAUUUUUGGUUUUAUUGUGGUAACAUUAUAACCUUUUUCCACACUUGUCUCCGUCUCAAUGUUGUGUCAAUGUAUUGUCACGGACUUUACAUACCCUAAACACG